UUUUUGCAAUCAUUGUUCUUCAAAACCUCACUCCCACCAGUCCCUAUUUGUUGUCCCCUAAUUCCACCGCCGGUAUAACUCGCCGGAAUCCUUCCGCGCCACCGCGUCCGCCGAUACAUUGCCACACCUCCUCUUCUCAACUAACUUUUGAAAACUCUCGUUUCUUCGCCGUCGUUUUCACCAGCAACACCAACCGGAAGAACUACAAGGAUAAACACAAGACAGCGAGGAAGAAGAAGAAGAUCGGCUUUCCUUUAGGUCUGAUGGUAACUACGAUAUUGUUUGUUUUUGGAAAUUGGGGGACGGAAGCAAGUUCAUGUGGUGUUAUUGAAAGUGAGGGAAAUUAAAAAAGUUGGGUGAAUGGAACAUAGCUAUGGAUUUGAACAUGUCGCUCAACAAAGCCGGCGUGAUAAGCUAAGAGUAUCAAGAAACUCUGAUGAACAAUUGAGUUUUCAAAACUCAGGCCAUUCUGGUUUGGAUCUAGAUCUUGUUAGAAUUCAAAAUUUUAACAAGAAUUCGAUUUUGCCUUCAGUUAUGAUCAAUUUCUCGAGAGAUUCGGACAUAAUGUUGAGCCAAGAACUUGUGGGAGAUGCUUCGUUGGGUUCUGUUUCCAAUUAUUGGAAAAGUUCUGAUUGGGAGAUGAACUGUGGAAAUAAUUGUUUGGGAGGUGAAAUGUUGAAUGAUUCCACAGUUUAUACACUUCAAGAUGUUGUUAACCAAACUGCUGCUUGUGAAGGCCGUGGAAAUGAGUCAAACGUGUUGCCUUAUGACACUACUGGUUUUGUGAGUGAUUCCAAUCCACAACGUCUAGCGCUGUCUCUGUCUUCUAAUACACAGUUUCAAGAAUCAGAGGAAUCCAAAACAGUCAAAUCUGAAACUAUUGGUAACAAAAAUUAUGGGAAAUCUCUUCAAAAUAUGAUGGGAGUUUCUGUGAAUCCAUAUAGAAACACUGGCCCUCUUGGUCCCUUUAUUGGGUAUGCCACCAUUUUAAAGAGUUCCAAAUUCUUAAAGCCUGCUCAACUUUUGUUAGACGAAUUUUGUAGCUCAAAUGCUCAUAAAUUUGUCCAACCAUGUGAGUCCUCACCUGCCCUUAAUGCAGAUGAUGAAACAAAUAUUAGUGGAGUUGGGAGCAUUUCCUCUGAAUCUCAUCAACCUGAGUAUCAGAAAAAGAAGGCAAAACUUCUAUAUAUGCUCGACGAGGUUUGCAGAAGAUACAAACAAUAUCAUCAGCAAAUGCAAAUGGUAGUGUCAUCGUUUGAAUCAGUGGCUGGGCUUAGUUCUGCGACGCCUUACAUUUCUCUGGCGCUUAAGACAGUGUCAAGACACUUCCAGUCUCUAAAGAAUGCCAUCUCCGAACAAUUGAAGUAUCUGAGGAAGGUAGUUGGUGAGGAUUCGUCGUCCAUCUCUGCUGGGACAAGCGGCAGGAAAUACAUGGAACAGAGCUUCCAAAAGCAAAAAACCGGCAUUGUUAAUAUCGGAUUCCUCGAAUCCCAAAAUGUUUGGAGGCCGCAUAGAGGCUUGCCUGAACGUGCUGUGGCAAUUCUUAGAGCCUGGCUCUUUGAGCAUUUUCUUCACCCGUACCCCACGGACACAGAUAAACACAUGUUGGCCACUCAAACAGGCUUAUCUCGAAACCAGGUCUCGAAUUGGUUCAUAAAUGCACGAGUGCGGGUGUGGAAGCCAAUGGUAGAAGAGAUACACAUGCUAGAAACCAAUGGCAUGGCAGAAAUGAACAACAAAGGCCAUGUUACAAUAGAAAACACAGCCGGUUGGACCAGUAGUGAACAACAGCCUCUAAAAAGCCAUGGUGAUGUGAAUGAAAUUAUUACUAGUCAGUGGGAUCAAGGCAAACCAUCCAGAUUGGACAAUGGGGUUCAGUCCAACACGGAAGGAGAAUUGAUGGGGUUCGUGCCAUAUAGAGCCAGCGCGGUCGACGUCGGAGGAGUCGGAACUGUGUCUCUAACAUUAGGCCUUCGCCACCGAGUCGAGAGCGCUCACCAUCAACAGCAGCAACAAGAUGAGCAACUACUACGCCAUUAUGGAAGUGAAAUGAUCCAUGAUUUUGUGGGGUAAUUUGGCUCUCACCAACUUCUUUUGACGGUAAAAGCAAAAGGAAUUGGUUGAUCAUACUAACAAUAGCCCACAUAAAUCCAUUGGUUUCAAGAAACCCAAGAGAUGAAAGAAAGGUAGACAGGUAUCAUAUCCAUUUCACUAUCUUUGCGCAUUAUUUUGAUGAAAGAAACAUUGCAAUGCUGAUUAUUAGUUGGGGAGCUGUAAUGAAUAUAUUCUGUUCGGUCUUUUUGUGCAAGUCUGCUGAUUUGUACUUUCCAUCUUUUCCAAUGCUACUGCCUGUGCCUGCCUGUUGUCUCUUCGCUGCAUGAUUGACACUGAAAACUGAAGGAUUUAGCAACCCCCCAUGUCUUUUAGGAAUAAUUUUUGUACUUUCAACUGUUACUGGAUUUUACUGGGCAUUAUAACUACUGUUUCUCUUGAUA